AUUAAUGAAAUUCAUUUAAUUUCUGAACCUAUAUGUGAUCUUCGAACUCUUCAAAGAUUCGGAAAUCUUCAAAAAUUAACAUUAGUUGGUAUCUUUUUGAACAACAUAAAUUUCCAAGAAAUAGACUCAACAACACUUGUUUAUCUGACCAUUGGACUACAUAGGAAUAUACACAGAAACCUUCUUCUAUUUAAUAAACUUGUUAAUUUGGAGUAUAUCGACUUAACGAUGGGUAUUGACUAUGAUGCGGACAACAUCUCAACAAAAGAACUUGAGACUAUUUUUUGUACAUGCAAAAAUUUAAAAUAUCUUGAUAUUCCACGAGGUUGUUAUAGUGUGGCUAAAAUUCCUCUUGAGAGAUGGAUAAACUUUCAAAAUUUACAACAUCUUGGAAUUUCUUGUUAUUUAAUGCCUGACUUAGCAAAUACAAUUGUUAAAUAUUGCAAGAAUUUAAAGCAUUUGAGAAUACCUAAUUACUAUGAAAAUAAUACGUAUUCUUUAAAAAAGUUAACAGAGUUGGAUAAUCUUGAAUGUUUAAUAUUGGAUAGUCCGAAUUAUCUCCGUGAGGAUUCAAUAAUCGCAAUUACAGACAAUUGUAAAAAACUUGAACGUUUAGAAAUUCCUGAUUGCAUUAUACAACCAGUUAUUGAUGAUGUCCCACUGUUUUCUCCAUCUGUUCUUGAUGAUUUAUCAAAAUUGCAAUAUCUUGAACAUCUAAAUUUACGUGGAGCAAUCAAUCUUGAAGAUAGUACAAUUAUUGCUAUUGCUAAUAAUUGUAAAAACCUAAAAAAAUUAGAUAUCCGAAAUUGCGAAACUAUCACUAAAACAGCUCUUGUUGCUUUAACAAACUUGAAAAAUUUACAAAUACUUGAUGUAAGUUAUCUUGAUAAUAUAAUUACCAACAGCUUCAUUAUCAAAUUGAAAGGCUUAAAAGAAUUGAAUUGUUCUUUUUGCCAGAAACUUACUAAUUCUGGUAUAAUUCAAUUUAUAAAAAAUAAUCCUGAUCUUGAAAUGAUCAGCGUCUGGGGUAUAGAUAAUAUAACAACUGAUAUGGUUAUUGCUGCUGAUCAGGCAACUAAAAAUCGUACAAAUGGUAUAAUUCUACACAUACGAGUAUCUAACCAGUCAAAAAUACAAACAUCUAAGUCAAAAAUUAAAUCUCAAUGGUUAGUUGUUGGAUCUACACGUUAAUAUUUUUGUAAAACUAAGUUUAGAAAUAAAUAUACUUUCUUGAAUAAUUUUUGUAUGGAAAAAUUAUUUCCACUUUAAAUGGUACGUAUGUAAUUAAAGCUUUAA